GCGCACAUGACUGUCAGCUGGUCUGCGUCACAUGAUCACAGCUUUGCGGAAAAACGAAAAAAUGGCAGGACCGAGGUGCUCCAGUCGACUGCGGUUAAUGGCUUUUAUUGCCGUUUCCUUCUCCCUUUUCACUUCAGGGACCUCCACAGCUCAAGUGCCACUUUUAAUGUGGUCCCAAGACGGUUUACCACAACUGGCCUCACCUGCAGCUGGCCACAUCACGUCUAAGGAGCAGCUGACUGCCUACCUCGCUUCUGUCUUUGGCUCUCGCCCCCACACUGUGCUGUUGUUCCUGCAGGACAAGUUAAGCAAAGAUGACUUCACAGUAUUUGGCGGAGUGUUUGGAAACAAGCAGGAUAGUGCCUUUCAAAACCUUGAGGCUGCACUGCAGUCUUCCUCCUCGUCAGUGACGCUCCCUGCUUUAGAGUGGUCAGACUCCUCUGCCGUCCUCACUCUGCUGCAGGAGAAGCUCGGUGUCUCGCCAGUUCUUGUAGACGCAGACACCCUGUCACAUCUCACCCUCAACACAUCUGCCAGCAAUCUACUGCUCAUCAAUCUUCCUUAUUGCACUGGCUUGGACAAGAAGUCUUGCAAGGAGGUGCUACAUGACAAUGAUGAAAUUAUUGGGAAAGUUCUAAGCACCAUGAAAGACAAAAAUGUGCCAUAUACUGCGAUAUACACAGGACUCCUGCCAUCAAGAGUGAUUUUAGACACAUCUGAGUCUAGCCAGGCUGCGGGGCGUUCCCUACUCCAAACAGCUGCGCCCACCAUCAACCCGCCCAUCACGUUUAACAAUGAAUCCGGUACCCCUUGCAUACUGCUUUGGGCUAAGAAUCUCAACGUCAGCCUCUCAAGGACAACAGAGACCGUCGACCUCGCUGCACAAACGCCGCGCUUGACAGGAUCCGUGUGUAACGACAGCAACUCGCUGCUUGUCCUCAAUUACCCAAACUUUACUCUCAGUUUUGCCAUGAGUCAGCGGAAGUACCCUGUGUCUGGACGGAACUGGUUCACCUUGGACCGUGUGGAGCUACUUAAUGGCGGUCUAAAUGCAUCCUUCAGGAGUCGUCACAUCUACGCCCCUGCAGAGUAUUCCUACCACUGCCAGUCCGUCUCCAACUUCAGAGACCCUCUGCUUGAGCUCAGCAGCAUCAGCCUGAACACCUCGGAGUGGAGGCUCAAUUUUGUCGACUUCCAGAUUCAGGGCUUCAGUUUGGCCACCGGAAAUUUCUCCUACGCCAGUGACUGUGCAGGUUUCUUCACCCCGGGGAUUUGGAUGGGGCUGCUGACCUCACUGCUCAUGCUGUACAUUUUUGUGUACGGUCUGCACAUGAUCAUGCAGCUAAACACCAUGGAUCGAUUCGACGACCCCAAAGGCCCGUCGAUUUCAGUGCCUCAGUCGGAGUAAAUCGCUCUCAGACACACACUCCUCAGUCCUUCGGUGCCUCCUAGCAAAGUCCCUCCUCGUCAUAUUGCCUUUGUGUGUUUGUGCCUUUCUCUUUGAAGAUAUUUGUCCGACAGGUGGACCUUUUCUCCUGUAAUUUUCUUUCCUAAUCCCUCCACAGCUGUCUUUGGGGAUACUGUUAUCUUGCGAGGCACAUUCCAUUUCAUCUCUCCGCAUUUGCCAAAGUGGAUGCACCUUUUAUACGAGUUGAUUUUUAAUGUGCAUGUGCUAAAUGAGGUUUUUGUGCCACUAUCAGCCACAGUGCCUGUUUUUCGCUAAAAACAAUUAGCAAUAAUUUCUCGUACCAGAGAAUGUCUUCUGUGCCAAUAUGAAUGUGAUUGCUGGAUGCUGUAGGACCGUGCCAGACCUCAAUUCUAACUUUUUUUUAUUUUUCCAACUCAACUGUAAUUUAAAAGACUACUGGUUAUGAAAGAAGUGCCUGUAUAUAAAGAGUAGAUUACUGUUUGUGACUGUUUUGGAAUUGCUUUACAAAAAUGCUAAUACUUAACCCUGGAUUAUUUCUGUUAUUACUUGCAGACAUAUCCGAUUGAAGUGCCACAGUUAAAGCCAAUGUUUUCUUGACAAGUAACUUAUUUAAAUGAAAAAAAAAAUACUGCUUAUUCCCUUAAAGUUUACUCCUUGCUUCAGGUUCAUCAAAAACAUUUAACAGUGCCUCAGAUAUGCAUUCGUCAAUUAAUGUGCAAUUGUCAUGACAUGUAAAUUAUCUUUAAAUACAAAUAAAGAUCUAUCAAUUGUGA